AUGGCCUCUACCUCAAAGCAUCAAGUGGAUUACACUUCGGAAGAUGAAAGUAGUAACUGUGAGAGUACCAGUGGAAGUUGUAUGAUUGCUGAACAGCCAAAAGCCAAGGCUUCUGCUGUUAAGAAAACAAGGCUUUAUUCAGAUAAUUAUGUCAAUUAUGGUUUUACAUUUGUGGAGAAACAGGGCAUGCAACACCCAUGUUGCAUAAUAUGCCACAAACUUUUAACAAAUGAAGCCAUGGUUCCCAGUAAGCUGCAGCGCCAUUUAAAAACAAAACAUCCUGCUGCUGCUAAGAGAGACCAACUUUAUUUUAAAUGCUUGCUACAAUCUCAACAUAAACAGGUUCAGUUUUUUACAAAAGCAGUUACAGUUUCUGACAAAGCGCAACUUGCCAGCUUUCAAGUGGCAGAAUUAGUUGCAAAAAGCAUGAAGCCACAUACUGUUGUGGAGACGUUGAUAAUGCCAGCAUGUCGGCUGAUGGUGAAAACAAUGUUAGGUGAUGAGGCAGAGAAAGUUAUUGCAAAAAUACCAUCAUCUAACAAUACUGUUUCACAAAGAAUUGAAAUGAUGUCUGAUGAUAUUAAUUACAGUGUUUGCAACCAGCUCAAAAUCUGCAAGAGAUUCUCUCUCCAACUCGAUGAAUCUACAGACAUCAGUGGUAAAGCGCAAUUAAUGGCAUUUGUAAGGUAUCCAAAUCAACAGUCACUUAUUGAACAGUUUCUGUUUUGCAGAGAGCUAAUUCAGACACGUGGAGAAGACAUAUUUAAGUGUGUAUGCACAUUUUGUGAGCAACAUGGAUUGUUAUGGCAAUGGUGCACCUCAAUUUGCACAGAUGGAGAGCCUUCUAUGACAGGAUGUGUCCAUGGAUUCCUGAGUUUGGAAAAAGCAACUAAUCCAAACAUAACCACAAAGCACUGUUUCAGUCACAGGGAAGCCCUUGUAAGUAAAACACUGCCAUCUGAUCUACAUACUGUCUUACGUGAAGUGGUGCAAAUUGUUAAUUACAUCAAGUCGCAUCCAGCCAAAAGCCGACUGUUUUCAGAACUGUGUAAAGAUAUGAGUUCUGAUUAUAUCACUGUUUUGCUACAUAAUGAUAUCAGAUGGCUGUCCAGGGGAAAAGUUCUCGCAUGUGUUUGCGAACUUCACCUUGAAUUGAAAACAUUUUUUCUUCAAAAUCAACCACACAAUGAAUUUGCAACAUUACUGUCUGAUUCCUCCUGGACCAGUAAAGUUUCAUACCUUGAUGACAUAUUUGAAGUCCUGAAUUCAGUGAAUUUAGGUAUGCAAGGUGUUGAUGCUAACAUUCUUUCCGUCACCGACAAACUGGAAGCAUUUAAACGCAAAAUUGAUUUGUGGCAACAGGAAAUAGAAACAGCAACUUCAAUUCACAUGUUUCCAAAUGCAGCACGAGCUGAUCCUGGAGGAGUUGCAUUACACAACCUGAUUCUUGAACAUUUAGCUUUACUAAAACAGCAGCUUCAGCACUACUUCCCAUCUCUUGAUACAUCUGACAAAGAUUGGGUUAGGAACCCUUUUCAUCAGCACAAGAAUUUGACUGGUCUUUCACUAACAGAGAAGGAACAGUUAAUCGAUGUUGAAACAGACAGAUCAUUGCAGCUCAAAUUUAACUCAGUUAAUUUGGCACAGAUUUGGCUUGAAGUUGAAGCGGAACAUCCUGACAUUGGAGCAAAAGCCAUUGAGGUACUGUUGCCUUUCUGCACCACUUACCUGUGUGAAAAAGCAUUCUCUGCGAUGACUUCCAUAAAAAGUAAGCAGAGAGAGAGAGAGACUUCGAGAUGUAGAAAACGAUUUGAGAAUAUGCUUGUCGAAAAUUCCGGCCAGACUUGA